AUGGCAACAAGCGGCGAACUACAUGCGCUAGAUAGCAAAAAUGGACUACGAUCAGUUAAUGUUGCCUGCAAGUUGAUGGGAACUUUUGGUGAGCACCUAAAGUCAAUAAAAGCAGUUGCAAAACGGAUACAUCUGGAAUAUUCACCCAGCAAAGUAAAGAGUGUUACUAAUCAAUUAUGGUUACUACAGUCCCAAGCCAAUAAGAAUCCGUAUAUUGUUUCUUAUUAUGGGUCAUUUUAUGAAGACCAAGAUGGAAAGCCGUCAGAUCUUUGGUUAUUAUUUGAGCGUAUGGACUGUGAUCUUCGACAUUAUUUAAACCACUUAAAGCGUUAUGACGGUAUGGAAAACGAAAGGAAACGCGAUUUCCGCCACGUCUCUUCUUUUAUGGUGCAAAUGCUUCGCGCGCUCGAUUUUUUGCAUAGUAAUGGGAUUGUUCAUGGGGGCAUUCGACCUGAGAAGAUUGGGCUCCAGAAGCAACAGUACACGCUGAAGUUGUUGAGUUUUGGUGCGAGCCGUAAAAAUCCAUUGACAGGGAAGCCCAUGCGAAGUGAAUGCCCUGAAUAUGAUCCGCCAGAGACGUUGUUGGAAGAAAAUGUUAACAGUAAAAUGGACAUCUGGGCUGUGGGUGUUUGUGCAGUGGAGUUCCUCGGAAUCUCCCCAUUCACCCUCGAACACCCAGAAAACUAUCACCGUUCGGUCUCAUCCCUCGCUACAUGGAAGCAAAUUCUCGCCAGAUACACCGAUGUCGCCCCGGAAACAAAUAUUUUAUCCGCUGGCAUCAUCGAAAACACCCCGAUGAACUUUGAGAAAUUGCAUGCCAAAAUACCGUACCAUCGGCUUGGAGAGGACGUUGGCCCAUUGACAGUCGCGGCUUUUCGCCAGAUCCUGGAAUCAAUCCUCGUGAUCAAUCCAAGUCGACGCAGUUCAGCAGCGGAAUGCUUGAAAAUGGAAUUUCUCUCUGAAAUGAAUGUAGAGAAAAUACGAGAUGGACGAGCAGGUGGCAAGCAGUUCUUCGUCAUUGGGUGCGAACCGUACGGAGACGUGGACAACUUUGCAAAACUUCCUACAGACAUUCUCGAACAAAAUGGAACUAUCUCACUCCCGGAACAUCUGGGCAAGAAGGACCUCAGCGACCAGCCAGUGAAACGGGACAUCCGCCACCUUGGAGCGCUGUUGACGCAAAUAUUGCACGCUAUCGAGUUUCUUCACAACACUGGAAUCAUUCAUCGCGAUAUUACUCCACGUAAUAUUGGAAUGAACCAAAAAGAGUUCGUAAUCAAACUUCUCGACUUUGGGUUGGCCAGAGAUAUCCUCCCCAACAACGAUUAUACGAUUAAUGUUGAUACUCCGCCAAUCUAUAAAGCUCCCGAAGCACUGGUGCAAGAAAUUUCGUUCGACUACUUCUGU